ACGACAUAGCGACUUUUGUUUGUUUUUACAAUUGAUACCCCGAUUCAUAUCUUGUCGCAAGCCACAACUUCAUUAAUCAUGGAUCUCGACGCUCCUAUGGCCAUGGCCCCGUUGAUGGGCUCUGCCAGGACAGGUGCUACCAUUCUCUGCUGCAACUGCGGUGCUCCCAUCGAUGGCACAUCCUCCGCCGGCGCUCUUUGCUACGACUGCAUCAAGUCCACCGUCGAUAUCUCCCAAGGCAUCCAGCGCGAGGCCACCCUCCACUUCUGCAAAGAUUGCGACAGAUGGCUCCUACCCCCCGCCAGCUGGGUCACAGCCGCCCCCGAAUCGAGAGAGUUGUUGUCACUAUGCUUGAAGAAACUGAGGAAUUUGGGCAAGGUCCGCAUCACAGACGCCAGGUUUAUUUGGACAGAACCCCAUUCGCGAAGAGUCAAGGUUCAGGUCACGGUUCAGGAUCAGGUGGCGGAUGGUGUGUUGAUGCAGCAAAGCUUCGAGGUCACAUACGUCGUCGCCAGCCAGCAGUGCAAGGACUGCGCCAAGUCAUACACAGCCAACGUCUGGCGCGCCGCCGUACAGGUCCGCCAAAAGGUCACCCACAAGAGGACGUUCCUUUUCCUCGAACAGCUCAUUCUCAAGCACCAGGCCCAUCGCGACACAAUCAACAUCAAGGAAGAGAGGGACGGUAUCGAUUUCUACUUUGCCCAGAAGAACCAGGCUGAGGGAUUCAUCAGCUUCUUGAAGUCCGUCGUACCAGUUCUCACCAAGGAGUCGAGGCAUCUUAUUUCCGCGGAUACGCACACCGGCAACAAGUCGUACAAGUACAACUACUCCGUCGAAAUCGUGCCUGUUUGCAGAGACGAUUUGGUUGCCCUUCCUCUCAAACUCGCCAAGUCCAUCGGCAACAUUUCUCCCCUUGUCCUUUGCCACAGGAUAGGAACAUCUGUCAACCUCCUCGACCCCAACACUCUCCAGACCGCCGAAGUCAGCGCCGAUAUUUACUGGCGUGCUCCCUUCCACCCGCUUGCCGGCACCCCCGAUCUUGUCGAGUUUAUCGUCAUGGAUAUCGAGUCUACAGGCGUACGAAAAGGGAAGUGGCUCCUCUCCGAGGUUCAGGUCGCUCGUGCCUCCGAUCUCGGCGUCAACGACAACGUUUACUUCACUCGCACCCAUCUCGGCCAGCACCUCCACGCCGGUGACUCGGUGCUGGGUUACAUGCUUGAGGGCACCAACUUCAACUCGGAUGCGCUCGAGGCGAUUGAGAGCUCCAAGGCGUACGGUUCCAUGAUCCCUGACGUCGUUCUCGUCAAGAAGCACUACCCGAACCGCCGCCGCAACAGAAAGAGAAACUGGAAGCUCAAGCGCAUGGCCAAGGACGAGGGCGAGCUGCUGCCCAAGGCUUCGGAUCAGGCCAAGAUGGAUGCCGAGUACGAGAUGUUCUUGCGCGAUGUCGAGGAGGACGAGGAACUUCGUGCUGCUCUUGCUCUGUACAAGAACUCGCUCAAGACCAAGAGGGAGGCGGAUGCCAUGAGCAUUGCCGAUACGGACAUGAUGACGGAGGCUGAGGAGGAUGGCCCCAAGAUCAGCAUGGACGAGCUCCUCGAUGACUUUGAGGAAAUGGAGAUUCAGGAUAAGGAGUAAGAUGUGAUCUUGAUUGGAGUCUGAUAUGUGAAUGUGAAUGGUUUUGGGUUUCGGGGUAAAUCAAAAAUUCUGGGAGUUAGCUGUUCUUCAGGGUUUGCGUUUUUCAGGCAUUUCAUGAAUAGAUUCGGGAAUGGGCUUGCCGUGUUGGCGCCCUCUGCAUCCAA